UUCCGGGUCGGGCGGAAAAUGGCGGCGCCCAUGGAGCUGUUCUGCUGGGCUGGGGGCUGGGGGCUGCCCUCGGUGGACCCCGACUGCCUGGCCGUGCUGUGCUCUCCUCUCUUGCAGACGUACGCGCGGUUCACAGGGGCGCCGCUGAAAGUGCACAGGAUCGCCAACCCCUGGAGGAGCCCCUCUGGCAGCCUGCCUGCUCUGAAGACGAAGGACGAAGGCAUCAUCUCCAAAACGCAACAGAUCAUAACCCACCUCAGGAAGCAGGUGGGACGUCUGGAUCUUGCUCCAUCUCCAAGAACUGCAGAGCUUCCUGGAGGCCAAGGUGGCAGGGAGCGAAGCGCGAGCCAGAAGUAUAAUGCUGACUACGACCUCUCGGCUAAGCAGGGAGCAGACACACUGGCCUUUGUGUCGCUGCUAGAAGAGAAGUUGCUGCCCGUGCUGAUCCACACGUUCUGGGUGGAUGCCAAGAACUACGUGGAGCACACACGGAAAUGGUACGCGGAAACCAUUCCCUUCCCGCUGAACUUCUUCCUGCCCAACUGCAUGCACAAGCAGCACCUGGAGCGGCUGCAGCUUUUGUGGGGAGAUGGCUACAUGGAGGAUGAGGAAAAGCUGGAGAAGGAGCUGUACCGUGAUGCUCGGGAAUGCCUGACGCUCCUGUCCCAGCGCCUUGGGUCCCAGAAGUUUUUCUUCGGAGACUCGCCUGCCUCCCUCGAUGCAUUUGUCUUCAGCCGCCUGGCGCCACUCCUGAAAGCGAAACUGCCCAAUGGAAAACUGCAGCAACACCUGAAAUCCCUGCAGAACCUGUGCAACUACUGCGCCUCCAUCCUCAGCCUCUACUUCCCCUGGGAUGGAGGUGACCCACUGGCCAGUGCUCCCAGGGCCAUGGCAGCUGAUGGCAGCGAUGUGGAGGAGGACCCCCACAAGUGGCGCAACCAGGUCCUGUCGGUGCUGGUGGGGCUGGGGGCUAUGCUAGGCUAUGCCUUCCUCAGUGGCAUCGUCUCCAUCCAGCGGGGUGCUGCGGGGCCGGCUGGCCGGCAGCCCAUCACCAUGGAGGAGGACGAGGACGAGGAGGAGGAGUGAGGAAGAGUGGCCAGUGGUCAUCACCAUUUGACCUGACUGUUUCUCUGCUGGGAGCUCUGCAGCCUCACUGCCAGCCGGUGCUGGGGUGCUGUGGCCCCACGGGACCCAUGGGAGACUGCCACAUGCCACACCAAUAAACCCUGUUGCUCUCC